GAUGCCCGUUACCCGAUCGUGCUUGUGAUUCACGGUGAGGGUUGGGAGUGGGGGAGUGGCAACGAAUUUGAUGGGGCCGCCCUCGCCAGCCUCGGAAAUCAUAUCGUCGUCACCUUCAAUUACAGGUUGGGACCUUUAGCGUCUGGGAACCAUGGAGGGUGACAUUGUGCCUUACGUGAUGGGACUCCCGGUGACGAACAAUAUACCCGCGCAGGGCCUCAACCAGCAUGUUUCGCCCUUCGCCGCCCUCGCAAACUUCUCCAAGCAGGAUGCCUUCGUGGCAGAAAUGUUUCUUCAUUAUGUCGCCAACUUUGUAAAAAGUGGGCGCAUUGAUUCGAACGAGGUUGAAGUGGAAAUUCGUGGCGGUGGUGGCGAAUCGGUCGUCCCGCUCUCCUCCUCCCCUGGAAUGACCGGCACGACCGAGUACGACUUCACCACCGCGCUCACCGUCACCAUCACCGUCGGCGUCGCUCUCAUCGCGCUCAAUUUGGUGGUAUUCUCGGCAUCAUGUGUCACCGGAAGAGGGCCAUCCCCACCACAACGAGGGCGACAGGGGAAGCCGUGA